GUGAGGGGAAACCGCGUGGCCAGAGCAGACGACUGCUUUACACAUUGUGUUUCGAAUGGAUACUCAAAGUUCGAUCUGAAGCCUACAACCGCCAGUGGAGUAAUAGCUGCUUGGGAGUGUGAUGUUGCUGGCCAGUGCUUAUCGGUGUGGAAUACUUAGCAGACGGGACACGUCGCCAUAGACUGAAUGUUAUCGUCUGCACCCACUGCGCUCUGAGCCACGUGCGCUCGCGCCAACGGUCUGUGUAGAGAUUUCUGUUCGCCACCAUGGAGAUAAUGGAGAUGGAAUCUCCGAUGGACCACUUCUUGUCAGUGCCUUGCAGCGAUUCCUUCGCGGCUGCGAUGCACACAUCGUCGCGGUCGGCUGCCGUUGUGCCGUGCACGACUGCGGCGUUGCUGAACAACAUCAACUUCAGCGCGGGCAAUGGCCUGUUUGUUGACUUCACGGACGGCCAGAAAGACUUGGCGAAACUGUUUACAUUUCCCACCAAGACUUUCGCCAAGGUAGAGCCUUCCUCGGUGAAGAAGGAGAUCAACAUGAACGAUCUGGCGUCGCUGUCGUACGACACCGUUCACUUGGAGCCCUCCAUCAAAACGGAGAGGUUGUCGCCGUGUCCUUCGAUCUCAGAGAUGUCACCGCAGCCUUGUUCGUCCAGCAGCCAGCGGUCAGGUGUCGCCAUGUCGCCGUUACAGGACGAUAGUUUGGGAGCCAUCGAGUUCGGAUCCCGGCUAGUUAAGCCCGACUCCAGAACGCCGUACACGGACGCGACGAACUGUAAGAAACCGACCAACCAUGUCAAACGUCCCAUGAACGCCUUCAUGGUCUGGUCUCAGAUCGAACGGCGGAAGAUCUCCGAGAACUCGCCGGACAUCCACAAUGCCGAGAUCUCUAAACGACUCGGCCGCCAAUGGAAAUUGCUGACCGAUGAAGAACGCGCCCCCUACAUCGCGGAAGCUGAGAAGCUUCGCGUAAUGCACAUGCGGGAGUACCCGGAUUACAAGUACCGUCCACGUAAAAAGGUGAAGCCAGCCACCAAACCUGUCCGGACGGACAGUGGACGGGUGUCAAAGCCCUCCGAACGCACGGGUGGAAAGACAGCACGCAAGGGUAAGACCCAGUCGAGCAGGGCUCGCAGCAGCGGGGCAAACGGUCGUGCUGCUGCUGUACCCGAGGGUGGCACUGCUGCAGUGAAAGUGGACAAGAAGGAUAGCAUGGGGGAAUACAUGCAGCGGGUGGGCCAGCUGUUGGAAGACCGCAAGGCCAAGCGACAACCCAGCGACAAACUGGCCAUCAUGCAGACAUUUUCUGAGGAAGUGAGUGGACGUCUGUCCGCCGUUUUCGGGGACGGCAAACCGCACAAAAACAUUCGCCUCACCAUCGACCAGGACUUUCGAAACAGUAUAAAAGCCAGCCAGGCAGUAGCUGUGUCCCCAUUGCAGUUAACGCCACCGCAUUGUAAUCAGGAUGUCCCGGGUAACAUGGCCGUGUUCAAGCCCCCCAGCCCCGAGAACGGCCUGUACGGAGACGAGCAAGACGUGUACGAAACGCCAGUAUCUACGCCACCCGAUGAUGAGGCUAGCGCCGCGGGCAAAGCCAGCGUGCCCCCCCAGCCCGCCUUCUCCGCCUUGCCACCCGCCGGCCCCAUCAACGAGCCCUUAGACGAUCUCAACGGCAUCGACGUGGAGAAGCUGAUGCCGCUGGAUACGCUGGACCUGAAGGUGUUUCUGGACAACGCCGACAUCUCGCUGCCCUGCACCUUCGCCGACAUGGAUGCCGACAUGCCCAGCGGGGUGGGAGCGGCAGACGCGGGUCUGGCACUGCACGACGCCAGCGACGCGGUUCCGCCUCAUGGCAUGCUCAGCAACAACUGGUACGAGAACUGUUUCGAAAACUGUUUCGAGCCUCCUUCCUCUCCUCGCUUUGAAGACUUGCCCCUCCCCGAAAACUUCAUUCAGAAUUCCAUGACGUCAUGACCGCUCGCACGGUCUCGUGUUCGCCAGACGUGCCAUGGGGUGCACGCGGGACACUUCCGCCGGAAUAUUGUAAAGACUUUUUUAUUAUUACAGAAAAACAUAAAAUCAUUGACUGCACAAGGUGAUGAGAGCAUAAAACAGUAUCAGAGCCACACAUAUCUAUUGUAAAUAAGAUGGGACAUGACGCAGGGACGUCUAUAGUGAGUGGUUUAACGGGGGACCAGUCUGCAACCGUGUGUUAAAAUUUUUUUGAGGUUGGCUAGUGCAAUACGCGAGCGCACCCAGUGCGGGUCGGACGCGAGUGUGACUACGGCAGACGUAGUUAGUGGACGUUGUAUGAGAGACUUUGCAAGGUGGGUCUGUGUAAUAGUUCGUUAAAGGUGGGUCUGUGUAAUAGAACAGACUUUUUUUCUUGUGCGCGCGGAUGACUUUGUAACAUGUCGCCAGCCUGUGCCUGUGAGAUGUACUGUGAUGAUGUGAUGAUGAUUAAGAUGACUAUGGGAAGUGUGGACUGUGAAAUGAAAUGCCGAUGGGUAUGUUUGGAUAAUGUAUUCAAGACUUUUUCUGCCGCACUACUCCGCACAGACCUGUUUGCCAAAAUGUGUUCUGCAGGUCCUCUUUGGUAAAUUUUUCCCGUCCUACAUCCCUCCCCUCUCAUGUUCCCCCUAUCCCCUGCUAUUUCCCGUCCUACCUUCCCCCUUGCUCUUUCUACACACGCCGUGAUCUGGCGAGCCCAUGUCUUUCCCCUCUCUAUCCAUCAUCCCCUUCCUCCAUCCCCCUCUCUUCCCCUGCCAUCCCGUACAUCUUUGGCCACCAUCAGCGUUCAGCUAUCACUUUGACCUGAUGACCUCAGAAUAUUUUAUCAUAAUUAUACUUUUUCGCUCGAUUUUGCCUGCCUCUCCCACAAGUCUAAGUUGCUUUAGGCCACGUCGCCCUUUUGGCGGUUUAAUUAACAACACGGAGAGUUGAGUUUCUCUGUGCUAGCUGCUUUUUCUUCAAACGAAUCUCUUCAUCUUUUACCAUGGUGACGCUUGUUUAAUAAGUUUUAUUACGGCGUUGAUGGUGCAGGAUUCUGCAUCGACUUUUCCCACUUCUAGAUAGCUUGUCCACUUGUGCAAGAGUAAAACAUACUGCUCACGGAGACUGCUUGUGAUGGUCCAGACACCUUGGACCCUUGUCUCUUCCUUCGUUUUCUCACCCAACUUUUCCUCCUCUCCUCCCAUCGAGCUUUGUGGAGUCUCAUUAGGUUAUUGCGCUGUGCGGGUAGAGGGCCCUGACCAAACUAUCUCGAGGACCAGUUGAUGCAGCUUCAAUAAGUAUACAAUGAAUGACAUACAGUGUGGUGCGACAGUAUACAGUGACAAACAUAGUGAUGGUUGCGCACGCUGGUGCCCAAACCACCUGACCGUCUCAGCAAACCAAAACAAACCAACCCAACCGAACAAUGUGCGCUCCUCAGUUUAUUCCGAGGAGAGUUAGCGAGGAGAUUUAUGCAAACUUGUGUUUUGAGAACCUCUCUCGUACCGCAGCGUGACUUAACUACGUGAGAAGGCGAGUGUGUGUCCCAGUUCGGAUCUUCGUCAAGCAGCUAGCUAAUUGGAAUUGAAAGCCACUCACGCUGUUCAGCAAAGUGUGACCUUGUUUAUUUUCCAGACUCCCUCCGUUAGAGUCUCCACUCUGGCCUGGCCGCGGUGGUAUUUUAACUGUCGGCCAUGGAGUCUGCGCUAGGACCUUUCACAUUUACGUGAGCUGUCUUUUUCCAUCCAUCAUUCGGCUGUUACUCACGCCAGUUGACCUGUAACCGUUUCGCUCCAGUGCCUUGCUUUCGGGGCCGACACUUUUGAGUCCAGACACCUGGCGACCAGUGUCGGGUGUCAGCAGCCAGUGGCGAAUGUCACCCCCUCUUCCCUACUCCCCCACCCGACCCUACCCCCCAUCUUUACAGUUCCGUCUCGCGUCCCGCGGACUAAUUAAUUAAUUCAUUAAUACACGGAAAGUGCCUCUUCUAUCGCGUUUAUAUUACUUGGACGAAUAGUUCUAAAAACAAAAAACUAAUAGAUAUGCCUACACAAUAUCCGACAUAUAUUUUCUAGAAGUGAUCGUAUAUUUUCCUACUCAUUAAAUUACAACAGAUGACACAUCUCAGGAUAAUUUUUUAUGCAUAAUUCGGGCAGUAUGUGUGUGCGUUGUCGACAGAGACGGAGUUAAGCAUUUGUAUCUCUGUAGGUUGUACUGUCAGCGAAGUUGACCCCAUAAUGCAACAGAAAAGAAUGUUAAAUGUCAGCAUGUUGAUGCACAUUCUUGCUUUCAUUUUCAAGCUUGCUAGUAGUUAGCUGAUGUUUUUUCUGCACCUUUCAUCGCAUCAUUGCACUGUCAGUCCUUUCAUUUCGUUCUUAUGUACUGUUGGGGUUCUGUAUCGUUACUCACAAACCCCAAGUUUCAGAGUAGAGAAGGAGGGAAGAUGUUGCAUUUUGAUUGCUUUCGCAAGGUAACUUAGCCACCUGCUUAGUUAACUCUUUGAAGCACAACAUUUUUAUAAAGAUUAAGUGAUGAAUCCAGCUAGUGCAGCUGAUUCAUUAAGCAAGUGCAUUCAAGAAUUCAAGCUAAUAAUAUAUUGUAUUUUUUUUUUCUUUAAAGGACGAGAUUGUUGGGGUCAGUGCAUUUUAGAUACAGUAGUUACACUUUUUGACUAUGUUAAAGCCACAUUUUUCUCGUCCUAGCGCGUUCUAUUACUAUUGCUGUGUGAUUAUUUCAUGAUUGGGUUGGUCUUGCAGACAGCUAGACACUGGUGCUGUCACGUGGACAAGGAGAGACUGUUAAGCUGAGCUGCUCUUGUUGUGUCGCUCAAGUUCAGAGGCUGUUGUGAGAAUGGACCAUCCGUACUGUACGCUAACACAAAAACCAUCGAACUCUUUUUUAAUAUGCCUUACUAUACUGUAGACUUGGUCACUUUUUUUGUAAGCAGUAUUUGUGAGUUUUAAAUAUUCAAUUUUUAAAAAAAUAAAAUCGGUUAAAUAUUA